UAGUCGUGUUUGAAGCGGAUUGCUGCAAUGGGUAGCAGCCUUUUGUAGCUUUAGAUGCUUUAGCGUGUUGGUGUAGGAGCUGUAGUUGUAGAGAUACUAUGAGCCAUUGUAUUUUCGAUGCUUUCGGGGUGUCUCGCUUGGAAACGUGAUUGAAGUGGUUGUGCUCUAAGUCAUGGUUCUCCGCUGGUGGUUGCUGUUAAGAUCUGUUUUGGAGAGAAUUUGAAAGAAAAAAAGGGCAAGGUCAUCAAUCCUCACACUCGAAUAUGGGGAAAAGGAAGCUUGAAAGUGACUUAGAUGACGAACUGGAUGGAGACGGCAGAACCCAUAAAGCUCCCGGAGGAUACAAUAGUGACGAAGAAAUACCUUCUGAGGUUAAAGUCAUAGGAAAGAUUAUGGAAAAGAAAGAAAGCAUGAAUGGCAAGGCAGAUAAGGGAAGGGCGUUGUAUCAGGCCUUUGAAGUGGACGACAAUCUCUACGAAGUUGAUGAUGCUGUCCUUAUCACGCCUGAAAGUCCCAGCCAGAAACCGUAUGUGGCUAUUAUUAAGAAAAUCAUGCAGGCGAAAGAUGGAACGGUUCAGAUUGAAGGUCAGUGGUUCUACAGACCUGAGGAGGCCGAUAAGAAAGGUGGAGGUACAUGGGCAUCAUCAGAUUCCAGGGAGCUUUUUUACAGCUUCCACAUUGAUGAGGUAUCAGCGGAGUCUGUUAUGCAUAAAUGUCAAGUUCAUUUCGUUCCUCCAAACAAGCAGCUACCUCAGCGGCACAAACAUCCAGGUUUCAUAGUUCGCCGGGUGUAUGAUGCGUGUGAAAAGAAGCUUUUCAACCUCACCGAUAAAGAUUACGAGGACCCUAUGCAAGAGGAGAUUGAUCUCCUUGUUCAAAAAACUCGCGAGGCCCUUGGAGAAUUGCCCGACAUUACUGGGGAUGAGCCUGUUGCCCCUGCUGAAGAGGAAGCUUCUACAGAGCUCAAUUUCAAGCGAAAGGUCCCUGCGAAGAGGACAGUUGCACCAUUGAAUUUAAAGAGCGAAGAGUUUUAUGGUAGCGAGCCGAAAAUGCAAUCUAUGACACCAACCGAGAAAACCGAUACCCUAAAAGUUGAGACUCCCACUAGUGCUGUGAGUACAGACCAAGAGAUUUCCACCUUAUUAAAUAACCAAGGUGUCCUUACCGGUGUUCAUGCGCGAGACCGUUGGCUAGAAAAACUAGUGCACACGAUUCGGGAUCUUUGUGGAGGCGGAAAAAGCUUUCAUGUAAGAAAUGGAAACGAAGGGGAGGAGGAUGCUAAUAAGGCACUCAAUGAGGCUGAAGCUGAAGGAGAUAAUCAGUGUUCAGGAAGGAAGAAAAGUUUCUUGGGAGAGGGAGAUCUUACCUGGCCUGAGAUUGCUCCUGUAGCUGUUGAAGUAGCUUAUGCACUGGAAAAACUAGCUAAUGAUUCACUUGGCAUUGAUUUACAUAAGUACAACCUUAAAAUGCGCUCACUAGACUUUAAUGUCAAGUGCAUCAUCAGAGCAUGUUCCGAGACUUUCUGGAUCACAAACAGGCCCUCUCAUCGAAACAUGACUGUUCUUUGUGAUUACGAGCAGAACAACAACGUUUUGGCACGUCGUCUAUUGAGUAAGGAACUGCGACCGGAUGCAGUAAUAAACAUGACUCCCGCUGAAUUGAAGGAUGGAUACUUAACAACAGAGAGGGAAGAUCAAGCACCUCCCGAGCCAGAGGCAAUGCAGAUGGCAGAUGUGCGGUGUUCAAUAUGCGGAGAACGAGAAGUGGGUGUCAUUGAUAUCAUACAUGUCAGUUAUGGCGACCGCUACCAACUGGAAUGUCUGAAGUGCGGCAAUACGUGGUACUCAGCGAGGGAUGCGGUCUCCUCACUAGUAAUCAAGACUACCACAGUCCCUCGGAAUGUGGGGAUAGCCCCAUGGGCAACUUCCAAAUUUGAGGAAGUGGAGAAAGACAUUCAAGGAGAUACAGCCAAACCCCUUGCAGAGAAUGGCCCUGCGCAAGUACUGCAGCCUCAAACGGGCGUGACACUGCCCUACACCGCCGAUAGGACAGGAAACAAACCACACACAGACAUGCAAGUCUCCCUAUCCCAUCCACCAAAUCAUUAUGCUGAAGUUGAGAACGUUCUCAACGAGCAUCUUCCUGUGACGAACCCGGUUGUAGAAGAUUUCGUGAAUGCUAACCUGCAACAAGCUGUGGAUACUGAGGAUAAGCAGUCUACACUACCUCAAAACGGAAGAGACAUCGAACUUGUUGACUCCGAGGAUAAGCCAUCACUUCCUGAGCCACAUUCUGACACCAGAAGCGAGUUAGAGAAACCCCAUGUGGAUGGGAUUAUCUAAGAUUUUCUUCCAGGAAACACUGGUACAGAUGGUAGCACUAAACCUCUAUGAGUCACAUAGCUGGGACUCACUAGAUCUCAGUUUUGAGUUUAGAAAAGAAGCUUACUUGGAGGUAACAGUCAGGAGUCAACCAAACUCUAUGUCAGAAGAGAGGUUAUGCAUUUGUCUCUGCCGUGAUUAGAAUGUAAUGGGAGAUUUUCUUAGUGCUCAUUAUUUGUUGAUUUAAAUCUCGGUGAAGACCUUGUGAAGCAGUUUACCACUUUA